AUGGCACCCAAACAACGUAAAAUAGAUUUAAAACAAACUUCAUCUAACACUCCGAAGUCAACACCAAGUAGUAAUUCAAAUAUAUGGAUAUUGGCUAUAGCUUUUGCUGCACUUGUUUUUUAUGUAUUAUAUCAAUCGCACAGUAAAGAAAAUACUAAUCCAUUUUAUGGAAUGGUAAAAAAUCCAAAAGAUAAAAAAAAAGUCAUUGAUGACAAUAAGUCAUCAUCUAUUUUUGAUAGUCCUUGUUCAAGUGUAUCAUCAAUAUCACCUGAUAAACAAGAUGUUGUAAUAAUUCUUGAUGAUGAUGACGGUGAAAAUGAUACUACAAUUGAUGAACAGUCAAGUAUUGAUACUGACGAAAAGAAUGAUAGUUUAAUUUUCAAAAAUUUAAUUGGUAAACUUGAACUUAAUAGUGAACUAAUUGUUAUAAAGCCAAAUUUACCUAUACGAAUAUGUACAACAGCUGUAGCUUAUUCAAAUCUUCAAGAUACUCAUAUAAUCAUGGUUCAUAAUCCUCGUAUGUCAACUUCUGAAUGUAUAACUAAAAGACAAGCGUAUAUGAAAGAAUCUUGUUCAUCAUUUCUUGUACCUAUACGAACACGUAUAUUUCAUCGUUCAUUAUCACUACUUGGUUUUAUAUAUGAAAUACCUUGUCCAAUAAAAAAUAAUAAUCGAUAUCUUGUUUUAUUUGACAAUUUUACAGCAUCAUAUCAUUCACAUUCAGAAUUUCAUCUUUGUUUAUGUCAAGAUUUUCGAAGACAUAUUUCAAAUAUUGAUUAUAAAGACUUACAAUUAUAUUAUCAACAUGCUUUUCAAAAUUUAAAUCUAUCUAUACGUUCAAAUUAUACGAUAGAUGAUAUAAUUCGUGUACGAAAAUUUGGUGCUCAAUAUCAUAAUGUUCGUAUUAUUGAUAUUGAUUGUUCAUUAAUAAAAAUUUGUUUUUUUGAACGAAAAUCAAAAAAAGAAAUAUGGAUUCAUUCAAAUUCAUCAAUUAUUGAACAAUCUCAACAAAUAUCACAAAUAACAACAUUAAUGAUUCCACCAUCACCACAAACUCCAACUGAAGAUAUCAGUUGUUCAUAUUCUGAUUUAACACGAUUACGAAAACGAAAAGAUCAUAAUGAUAAUACAAAUGAAGGUAGUAAAAAAUUUCGUGAUAAAUCUAAUACUAAACAAUUAUCAAUACAAUAUCAACAAAUGUCUUCAUCAUCUAUAUCUAAAGAACAAAUAUCAACAAUAUCACGUAAUAAUAUUGUAACAACUUAUUAUACAAAUAUACUUUUACCAAAAUUUCGAAUACUUAAUGCUUUACCAUCAAUAACACAUAAAUGUAGUCGACAAUGUGUUUUAAUAGCUGAAGAAAAUUUUUCUCCAAAAAAAAUUCAAACAAAUCCAUUUUUACUUCCAUUUGAAUGUAAUUGGUCAAUUGUUGAUAGUAAACCUCGUGGUUAUAAAACACCAUGUCGUCGUAUACUUUAUUCACUUGAUGAUAUUGAACAAUAUCUUCAUUUAACACAAUCAAAAUUAUCAAUAAAAUUUUUUAUUGAUGGAGUUUUAACACGUUUUAAACCACCAAUUGAUGAUUAUGAUAAAAAAUUUAUUAUACUUAAUGAUCUUUCAAAAGGACAAGAAAAUGUUGAAAUAUCUGUCUAUAAUGAUGUUGAUAAUGAUAAACCAGAUAAUUUUACAUAUAUAACACAAAUUCAACCUAUUGAUCAUCGAAUUUCUGCAGCACUUAAUGAUACAAAUUCAACAUCAUGUUGUGACUGUACUGAUAAUUGUAAUGAUCGAAUGAAAUGUGCUUGUUUUCGUAAAACAUUAAAACAAGCUCAACUUAAUCAAGAUCCAUUAGUUAUUGAAAAAGACAAAAAUCGUUAUACACUUGCAUAUAUGUUAAAAACAACAGGUUAUCAACGAAAACGUUUACUUAAUCCAAUAUCAAGUGGUGUAUAUGAAUGUAAUUCAAAAUGUUCAUGUCAUCGUGAACAUUGUUCAAAUCGUCUUGUACAACAAGGUUUAUUUGUACAUUUACAAUUAUUUAAAGAUAAAUUAAAAGGUUGGGGUUUACGUGCAUUACAUGAUUUACCACGUGGAACAUUUAUAUGUGAAUAUAUUGGAGAAUUAUUAACAUCAGAUCAAGGACAUGAACGUGCUCAAAGUAUAGAUGAUAAAUAUCAAACAAGUCUUGAUUUAGUUAAACAAGUUCGUUAUGAAAUUAAUAAUGAAGAUGGAGAUGAUGGUGAUAUUGAUGAUGAUGAUGAUGAACCAUAUGUUAUUGAUGGAAGUUUAUUUAGUAAUUUAGGAAAAUAUUUUAAUCAUUCAUGUGAACCAAAUAUGUUUAUACAAAAUGUAUUUAUUGAAUCCCAUGAUCUUCAUUUUCCCAAUCUUGCUUUAUUUACUCGAACACAUGUUAAAGCUGGUCAAGAACUUACAUGGCAUUAUAACUGUGAACUCUUACCCGAUCGUGAAGUGAAAUGUUUUUGUGGAUCAAAAAAUUGUCGUGGUCGAAUUUUGUAA